ACUCCCCCCCUCCUGUGUCUCAGUGGUACAGCCCACUGGUAAAAUUCCGAGAAUUGCGAGCUGCGUCUUCUCAGAAGAGUUCUUCCAAGAACUGUCUUCGGUGGACACUUCCAAGAAAAAUAUACCAGGUGAACAAUGUCAAGUGCAGCGGACGGCUGCAUUAAGUUCACUCGCCAUGCCGGUGAUGUGCUGUUCAACUUCAACCGCCUCCGCAGCAGAAACAUCCUGACCGAUGUCACCAUCGUGGUCGCUGGGCAGCACUUUCGGGCCCACAAGACAGUUCUGAUGGCAUGCAGUGGCCUCUUCUACUCCAUGUUUGCAGAUGCUUAUAAAAGCACCUUGAGCAUCGUGAGUUUAGAUCCGAAGGUGGACCCCGAUGGCUUCGCCAUAUUAUUGGAGUUCAUGUAUACGUCUUGCCUCACGCUUAAAGAUGACUUCAUCAUAGCCACCCUCAACACAGCCACAUACUUACAGAUGGAGCACGUGAUGGACACAUGCCAGAGGUUCAUAGACUCCAGGGGCUUGUGUGUAAAGCAGACCAGAACAGAGGUGCUGAUCAGUCACGGCUGUUUAUCCUCAGAAGCUCCCUUCCUCCUCAGCGAUGCCCUGAACAGCCAGUCCAGGGUCAGCUUCGGCACUUACGCUCCUCCGAACACGCACUAUGCCGUUAGCACUUCCACCGAAAGCCCCGCUCGCUUCUACAGACCUCUACCUCUCAACGUGGACGCCUCCAACACCGCGAACCCGCUCUGGCGGAUCCCUAAGAGCGGCGUGAUGCUCCGCCAGCAGCAGUCCCCGCCGGACGCCGGAGCCUCGGCUCGGACCGUCGCCGACGCAGAAGCCCCCGGGCCCCGGGAGGAGACCAGCCGUCCGUCCGUGCUCUUCCGUUCAGCUCGAGCCGAGGGAGACGGGAAGACUCCGGAGGCGGAGAGCAGCAGCGGACCCAAGAGCCCUCUCAGGUCAGACUGCCAACCCAACUCACCCGCAGAGUCCAGCAGCUGCAGCCGAGGAGCGCCGUCUCCUCCCGGCGCCGCCAGCCCCCUGAAGGUCCGCAACUGGAAGAAGUACAAGUUCAUUGUGCUGAACUCCUCAGACGGGGCCAGUGACAACAGCUCACCGACUCCGUCCCGCCUGGCUACAGAAUCCAGCAACAAGAGCGGUGAAGCCCGAGGUCCUCUCAGUGUGGAGAGCAGCUCCGCAGAUGACUGCAUCAAAAAAGAACAGGACUCUUCGCUUCCCAACACUUUGACAGAGGAGCGCAGCACAGGACCCACAAGAUCAGAGCGGGACAGAAUCUACUGUAACGACUGUGAGUCCAGGAGCGAAUCCGACGGAGAGAAUCCACGAUGGCUGCAGGACGGAAAACGGUACAAAUGUGACCGCUGCCAGGCCAUGUUCUGCUACAACGGGAACCUAGCGAGCCACAAAUCCAUCCACGCAGGUACAUUUGCAAGAAACGUGCAUCUGCUGGGCGUGUGCGGAGCGCAGUUCAACAGACCCGCCAAUCUGAAGACACACUCACGGAUCCACUCGGGAGAAAAACCGUACAAAUGUGAAACCUGCGGCUCGCGCUUCGUCCAGGUGGCUCAUCUGAGGGCUCACGUGCUGAUCCACACCGGAGAGAAACCGUACCCGUGUGACAUCUGCGGCACGCGCUUCCGCCACCUUCAGACGCUGAAGAGUCACUUACGAAUACACACGGGAGAGAAACCUUAUCAUUGUGAGAAUUGUGACCUGCACUUCCGCCACAAGAGUCAGCUGCGUCUUCAUCUGCGACAGAAGCACGGCGCCGUCACCAACACCAAAGUCCAGUACCGCAGAAACAGAACAGACCUGCCCGUCACCUCCUGAAAACACAUCAAGCUCUUCAGAGACAUUUCAGUUCCUUCAGUGAGGAAAUCCAUCAGAAAUACAAACACGCACGGUCUUGCCAAUGAUCGUGUUUACUCAUUGCAUAUCGUUUCUUAAAUACGGAUUAGUUCACCAGCACAUUCUGGUUUAGCCUGCAUGAUUGCAUCAUGAUGCUUUAUGAUUUUACUGUAAAUACUGACUUCCAAGCAUCGUACGUUAAGUUCUUGUCAAUGCAGCCUGGGUCAUAGUCUCUGUAAGGUCUCUAGUAUUUAUUUUUUAUUAAGAAUGCUAUUUCACUCCCUUUUCAGUAAAACUAUGCAUUGUAUGUAAUAUAUGUCAGGGAAAAUUGGUACAAAAAUAAUUAUGCAAUUGCAGUGUGUAUGUUUCGUCCGUGUGGUACAUUUAAAGAAGCUCUUCUUUGACAGUUAUAUUGGAUUUACAUGUAUUUGUACAGCUGUUUUUGGUACUAGAGGGCCAAAGGUCUUUGCAAUUAAAUAUUUCUUAUCAAACAAA